AUGUCUCCCGACCCUGCCAGCAACAUCCGCGUCUUUAUUCGUUGGCACGACCAGACUGUGUUCGCCGGCGAGGAGGUCAAGUGCCGCAUCACCUUCAAGAACGUAGCCCAGAGCCCCAACGCCGCCUCUUCUUCAUCGGCCAAGUCGUCGCCCCAUUCCGCUCGGCAGCCCACCUCCGACCGGUCGAGGCAGGCGUCCGCCCUCCAUGGACUGAACAGGAACAAGCCCAGCUCGGGGCUCGCGCCUCCCGCCGCGGCGCGAGGCCAUCGCUCGACGCUGUCGCUGAGCGUGCCCUCCGCCCGCACUUCUCGCAACCGCUCGGAUUCGAUACCCUGGCCUCCUCAGAACGCACACGAUGCCAAUUCGAGCAGCAAUGGCGGCCACCGACGCUCCGUCUCGAUCGUUUCCAUUGCGUCAGCAAGCACCGCCGACGGUCGGCCUCCGAGCGCCGGCGGGCCGCCCAAGCCAUACCGGCCCACAAGGGGGCAUGCGCGAGCAUCGAGCCUGCAGAUUGUUCCCCGUGCUGGCCCGCUGCCCAACGGACCUAGAUCUGCCUCCCAUCCGCAUCGGCCCUUUAGCUCGCAGCCGUCCCCCCUUCUUACUGCUUCGUACCCACCAGACCGACAUGCAUUGUAUAGCAACAACACCUCGGGUCCCAGCAGCUCGAGGCUGGGCUCAAACAGAAACUCUCCCAGGCUAGGGUCGCAACCUGUACCAGACUUUAAAUUUCCCAUGUCACCUGCAUCGCCCGCAGACGGGAGGCGAGACUCUCUGAAACCAUACGACGACAGCUUAAUCAGCCCAAGCUCGAGCGGUGGCGAUCUGCAGCACAUGCCUAUCCGCACCAGGGACCAGCAGGUUCCCACCAUCAACGAACAUAAUGCAACUCCUGCUGCGCGGGUCUUGUCGACUACUAGCAUUGCGGGGACACCCAGAAGCAGCGGAGAGUUUUAUUCUGUCAGCAACAACUCGACAGAGACACUGGCGUCGGAAUAUGUCUUGCAGCAGCCCCACAGGGCCCAAGGACGGUCGCCGCAUCUGCGGCAAAGAUCCAAUCUCUCGGGGCAGAGGACGAGACCCGAGGCACUCAUGAUGGGCUACGCGCAAGUCCAUGGUUCCUUCACUCUUGACGGGUCCCUGAUUGACUUGGCGCCCUUUGGACAAGUCAAGAGGAAGGCUGUAGUUGGAGGCCAAGGCGGCGGCGUAAUCGGCGUCGAGCCUUCAGCGCGGCGGGAUAGUGGUCUGCUGCGCAGUUUUGGCUGGAGCAGCUUCACUAGUUCUAUCGGAGAGUUACUAGGGGCCGGUGAGCUGAGCAGUAUCAAGGAGAUGCGUGGCAUCGCCAGCUCCAAGUCAGUGCCGCUCCUCUCCACGCCGCAGUCUAUACUGUUUGUCGACCUGCAGCUAGCGCCCGGCGAAAGCAAAACCUACGAGUACUCUUUCAAGCUGCCCAAGGGGCUACCUCCUACGCACAAAGGCAAGGCCAUGAAGAUUGCUUACAGCUUGGUGAUCGGCACUCAACGACCGGGCGGGGCCAAGGAGCAACAGGUCAAGUCGGUGGAAGUGCCCUUCCGCGUCCUUGGCAGUGUGAACAGCUACGGCGAGAUCCUCGGCCACGACCUCAUGUCUCCGUACAUCCUCCUCCGCGACCAGGCAAAGAUCCAAAGCAUCGACAAGUCUGCCCUUGUCGAGGACAAGACCCGAAAAUCGGCACCUUCGUCAGAGUCAACCGUCAACGGCUUCCUCUCCUACGUCGACGAGCUGCUCAACCAGCGCGACGCAGGAGGCAUGGCCGGGGGACUCCUCUCCCCGACCGCCAUGCCGAGCUCGAGGCGCCCUUCCGCCUUCGAGGAGUCCACCACGGCCCGCGAGGCCAUCGACCUCGCCAUCCUGCGCAGCAACAUGACGGCCGAGGGCCAGCAGAGCGCCAACCGCUUCGAGAUCGCCCGCAACGGCCGCCGCGUCGGCGUCGUCAUGCUCGCGCGGCCCUCGUACCGCGUCGGCGAGACGGUCACCAUGGCCGUCGACUUUUCCGGCGCCGAGGUCCCCUGCUACGCCGUGCACGCGGCGCUCGAGACGGCCGAGCGCGUCGACCCGAGCCUCGCGCUGCGGUCCGAGGCCAGCGUCCACCGCGUCACGCGCAAGGUGUACGUCUCGUCGUCCGAGGCCACGCUGUUUGCGCGCCGCGCCGUCUUCAGCCCCACCAUCCCCGUCUCCGCGACGCCCGAGUUCGUCACGAGCGGCGUCAGCCUCGAGUGGAAGAUCCGGCUCGAGUUUGUGGUGCCGACGAACCCGGAGCGCAUGGUGCAGAAUCCCGGCAACGAGGCCGAGGCCGAGGACGAGGACGAGGACGAGGAGUACGACGGCAGCGGCGAGCAGCAGCACGCGGGUGGUGCUGGCGGAGGAGGAGGGACCGCCGCCGCCGCCGCGACCGCCCAGUCAGAGCGCAAGCUGUUGUCUCCUCCUUCGUCUGGCGGCGGCGGCGGCAGCCAGCCGCACCACCUGCUCGAGGAGAUCUCGCACGACGACCGGGGCGGGCUCGUGCUCGUCGCGGCCGAGAACCUGAUCUGCGAGAGCUUCGAGGUGGCGGUGCCGCUGCGCGUGUACGGCGCCGUGACGACGGGCCUCGAGAGGCUCGAGAGGGACGAGGCGCUGGAGGAGGGGCUCGUAGUAUAG